GGUUUCCAUGCCUCCCACAAGGGCUGUUCAGUGCGGAGCAUGCUCAGUGCGCCUCGCCCUCCCCUUGGUAACAAUAGCCAGUGAGGAGUCGGGAGCGCUCACACUCACACACUUGCACUCGCUCUCAUCACACACACACACACACACACACACACACACACACACACACACACACACACACGCGCGUGCAAACACUCACACACACAAGCGCGCACUACUCCGGAGCGCAGUAGGAGAGGGAUGGUGGGAGGAAGGGCAACCUGCCGUUUGUAACCGGGCUCGCGGCGGCUUUACACUCCCUCACUCACAGAGACACAACCGAGACAGCACGCACAACACGUCCGCCACCGAGCUCAGGGCCUCGUCUGUCUGUUUCGGCGUGGAGAAGAACACCACCACACACACAGACACACGCACACACAGACACACACACGCCUGGCGCUCUGAAUGAGCGGGGAUCCGAGCCAGUGAGCUGCGGGUGGAGCGGAGCGGCGCGGAGGCCCGCGGAGGCCUGAUUAAAAUGGGGCCCAGGAUCUGUCUGCCUUCUGUCUGCGAGCCUGAGGGCGUCUGGCCGAGCCGGCGGCCAUGCCAGAUGUAAAGUCCCCUCCAUCAUGUGACUACCCCCUGGCCUCCUCCGACCCCACAGGCUCCCCCUCCAGGUGUGCCUCCUUCUUCAGCCCGGACAUGGAAGUGGACCCCUGCCUCCCCAGCCACCCCUUGUCCCCCGGCGCCCUGCCCACGUUCCCCCACCACGGGCACGGCCUCCCGCAGUACCCCGUGGGCCUCCAGGGGGCGCCCUUCCCGUUCAUGUCCAGGUGCAACAGCAGCACCCUGCUGAGUAACCUGGGGCUGCGGACCUGCUCCGGCCGGCAGGCGGCCUACGGCGUGGGGCCGCUGCAGGGGCAGGAACCCUACGCCUGCGUCCAGGGCGAUGGCGGCGGCGGCGGCGGCGGCAGGCCCUACCGGAGCAUGGAGAACCUGCACUGGAACAGCGUGGCCGACCCGGGGAUGUACGGGCUCGCCGGCGGCCCCUACAGGAGCAUGGAGAGCGAGUUCGUGUUCCGCUGCACCGAGACGAGCCACUGGUACGACGGGCCCCCGGACGGGGCCGGCAUGGGGGUGUACGGGCUGAUGCCCAGCCCCGAGAGCCUGGCGUUCUACUCCCGGCGAGGCCUGCCCCGGAAGGACCUGGCGCUCUUCCCUCAUUGGCUGUUCCCCGGCGGCGUGGACGAGUGCGACGGCAGGAAGGGCCUGCGGGAGAAGCUCCGCCUCCAGAGCGCUCGGUCGACGGCGGAGCCCUCCAAGCACCUCCCGCUGCGACCUCCGGUGGCCCCCGGGACCCCGACCACAAAGGGGCCCCGCGAUCGCCAGGGGACGCCUUACCUCCACCCCGCGGGAGGCGGGGCCAAGCCGCUGGGCGCCGUGCGGCUGACCAGCCCGGAGGAGAUCAAACAGGAAGUGCUGCGGCGCCUGCAGCUGCGGCGGCAGAACAGCAGCCCCGACCUGGCUCUCCACAGCGCCCCCCGGAGCCCGGCCGUGCUCAAGGCCUCCUACACCACGGACAACGUCGUCGCCGCUGGCGACGGGGACGACGGGGGGGGGGCGGACGGCGCGUCGGAGCGCCGUCGGCUUCCAGCGGGCCGCCUGCACAUCCCCACCUUCGAGGAGUUCAAGAGGAUGAGGAAGAGCGCGGACGGGCAAGGCCCGGGUGACGCCCACGCGAACCCAGAGGAGGCGGAGCCCGGCGGGCCGCGCUCGCACGGGAAGACGGACACCUGUGCGACGUGCGGAUCCGGGAACGCCGGCAGGAUGGAGGGAGACGGCGGACCAGACAGGACGUGCGGCGGGGAUGCGAUGGCGUCGAGCGACGAGGGCCCGCCCCACGCCGCAGGCCGCUCAGGGGAACCCGCCCAGUGUAGCGGCCCCGCCCACGGGCGCCCCGGCCCCGGGGGGCCCGCCGCCACCGCGCACGGGUCCUCGCCCAUCCGCACGGGCCCCGCCCCCCGCUCGCCCCUGCAGUCCCUGGCCGGCUCCACGGCUCCGGGGAAGGGGCCCGGGCCCCUGCGCGGCCAGGGGGUCCGGAGGAGCAGCCUGGAGGGGGCCGGGGGGAGGGCCGCGCCCCCCAGGGACACCAGGGAGCGGCCGUCCAGCUGCUGCCCCGCGCUGCUGCUGGACGGGACGGAGCUGUCCAACUACGGGGCCAAGAUCUACAAGAUGAAGGACGGGCUGAUCGGCUCGGCGCUGGACCUCAUCAUGAAGAGCUGCAGUGCAGAGAUCUCGGCCGAGGCCCUCGCCAGUCGGUCAGGUGACCGGGACAGAGGCACUGACAUCACCAGCAGCCCCCCGACCGACUGUCAGUCCUCCCCGGUUUCCAUGGCAACGGCGGUGGCGGUGGCGGCAGUAACGGUAGCAGCAGCGGCGGCGGCGGCGGCAUCCACGGCGACAGCGGCCUGCGCGGCGGAGGCUUGGGAGGAGACGUCCGCAGGAGGAGAGGCGACGGCGGAAUGCCCCUCCUCUGCUCCUUAUCCCCCCCCCAGUCGACAUCCCCCUUCUCCCCUUCCCUCCCGCUCCCUCUCUGCUGGAGCACCAGCCUCCGUCCCAUUCCCGCACGCUGCAGAAGGGGAAGGGAGCAAGGACAAGUACCCGGGAGGGCAGGGCUGCCGGCGCUCCAGCUCGGACGCAGCCUACGAGCCGGCGGAGACGGUGAAGGCGCAGCGCGAGUGUCGCCUGCGGCCCCACUUCAGUGACCCCAUGCCGGCGGAUGCCGCCAAACGCAAACAGCUGGAGAUGAAGAUCGCCGUGGCCGCGAGGCUGCACAGCCAGCGCCGCGACCGCGACGGAGAGCGGGAACGCUACAGAGACAGUGCCCCCGCCGCCCUCCGCGGCCAAUCAGAGCCGCGGGGCGAGGAGCGGGCCGGCACUGUGGGGGGCGGGGGCCCGGCCCAGCACCGCUGGAGCACCGUCAGCAGCCUGAGCGCCGACAGCGGCGUGGUGGGCCUGGGCGACGAGCGGGACGACGAGGACAGCGAGCCCCGCCUCCAGCGGCAACGCCAACGCCAGCGCCACCGGAGGGCGGGCGGCGGCGGCGGCGGCGGCGGCGGUGGCGGCGGUGGUGGCGGCGGCGGCGGCGAGGUGGAGCGGGUGGACAGCGGCAUCGGGCCCGGCCUGUCGCGCGGCUGGAAGAGGCCGUCGGCCGCCCUGCGCGCCUGGGAGGCCCGGCAGCCCUGCCCCGACUGCGGCCUGCGGGACGGCGAGCGCUCCGGGGCGGCCAUGUGCGAGCGCUGCUCCAAGCUGCGCACCGAGCGCAAGGAGGCCAUCCUAGAGUUCCUGUCGACGGAGAUGAGCUACGGCGAGGACCUGAGGAUCAUCCGCGAGGAGUUCUACUGCCCCAUGCAGAGCGCCGCCCUGCUGACGGCCGAGCAGCUGGCCGUGGUGUUCGCCAACGUCCAGGAGCUGAUCGACGUCAACGAGCGCUUCACCGACCAGCUGCAGGACAGCAUCGACCAGGCCUUCGACCAGGGUGACGAGGACCUGCUGUCGGUGUGCAUCGGGGAGAUCUUCCUGGAGUUUGUCAACAUGCUGCCGGCCUUCCAGACCUACUGCCUGCAGCAGACCACCUCCGUCAACCUGCUCAACUCCCUGGAGAAGGAGAAGGAGCUGCUCAGGAUCUUCCUGGACGUGUCGCAGAACGACAACACGGCGCUGCGCCGCAUGAACCUGCGCUCCUUCCUGAUGGCACCGCUCCAGCGCGUCACCAAGUACCCGCUGCUGCUCAGCCGCAUCAGCAAGGCGUCGGCCGAGUGCCACCCGGACGGCGGGCACCUGCGCGAGGCCAAGCUGCGCGUGGAGUCGCACCUGGAGCACAUCAACAUGAAGACCAAGCAGGAGGGCGCCGGCGUGGCCUGGUCCCUGCGCUCCUUCCGGCGCGACAGCCGCAAGAACCGCGAGGUCAUCAACAUCGAGAUGCGCGAGGUGUCCAUGAAGACGGUGGGCUGGCCGCGGGAGCGCACGCGCUUCGUCAUGGAGGGCCCGCUGCAGCUGUCGCAGCCGGCGGACGGGCAGUGGGUGAAGAAGGGCAGCAAGGCGCUCAAGUUCCAGAACGUGCAGAGCCUGCUGAUGGUGCGGAUGCAGAGGGUCGGGGAGGGCCCCCCCUCGCAGGGCCCCGAGGAGCCCGACGCCGGGCCCCGGAUCGGGGACCCGUGGCAGGUGGGCGGCGGGGAGUGCAUCCGGGACGGCGUGCUGGUGCUGAUCAAGGACAAGAGCAGCGGGAAGUUCGCGGUGCUCCGGGAGCCCAUCCGCCUGGGGAACUGCGUGGUGUCCACGGACCCGGAGUGCGAGGACACCUUCGAGGUCCUGGACAUCCGGCGCGAGUCCUUUGUGUUCCGGGCGUCGGACAAGUCGCGGACGCAGCAGUGGUUCCGUCAGAUCAAGAGGUACGCCAGGGACUUGGGCCCGUGGAGGAAGAGACGCAACGCGCUGCCCAAUAUCAUGAUCAACACCAAUCAGAUCCGCUCCUGACGACAGAGAAGACAUCCCCAUGGGGCGCUAGUUGCUGUAAAUACCCCUAUGGCAGUACACUUACAGACAAUACGGAGGCAUUUCCCCGAGGACUGCAGUUGACUUUUAUUUUCUCAAGAGUUUCAGUGAAAGGGUAAUUCUCAAAGUUUCGUUACAGUCACAUUGUUAUAAAGAAAUAGCACUUUUUAAAUAACCUAUAUUGAGAAAUACGUGUGUCCUACUGUUAGCAAAAUUACAUGUGAAGAAACUCAACGAUUCUUUUGACUUGAGUGACCAAAAAAAGAGAUCCGACAACAACAAAAAAACAAGCAAACCUUUGAGUAGGGAGUGCUGUCAGCCUUGAUUGUAAAAGACUGUUUGGCUCUUCGGGACGGAGAGCUGUGUUCUUCAGUCCAUUGGGUUUGCUGUCAAUCCAUUGGGUUUGUGUGUUGAAAGCGUGACAUGACAUGGCAUAAAAACUAUUUCAAAGACCCACAAAGAAGUAGCAAAUUAACACCUGCGUAUUGUAUCGUAUGUACAGUAGGGUCACUGCCUUUUUCCAUCACUCUGCCUCCCUCUGCUGUCGGGCGGCGGAAUAGCAACGUACACUGCCGCGGUAGCAGUCAAUCAGGGCCUUUCUAACGAGCGGAUCACAGCGGGCGAAACUCCUCCUUGCAUCACUGUGUUGAGGUACACAAUUCACCACACAGCAAUAAUCUCCUGUAUCAGACGAAGACAGUUCUUCACAAUAGAUGACAGUACCAGAUAUGUACGUAUUUCAUAUUUAAUUGACUAACUGGCUUUCUCUGGGUCGAUAUUCUUAAUGUGUCUGCAAGAGAGUUUUAUUGAUGAGCUGCUAAGGGUCAAUUUAAAUACAUUGAUCAAUUUUUUUUGUUAUCAUGAUAGUUGGUUACACUCUAAGUCUUAACUUAACAUAAUAAGGUUAAGUCGUUCUUUGUCCUCUUGUCUUUAGAUGGUGGGCCAACGUAAUAACAUUGAUCAUAGUGAUACUAAUCGUUACCUGUGGCAAGUUCAGCCCAUCUCUUCAUAAGGUCCAUGGGCUGACUCUCAGUUCAGCACAGUUCAGCCCAUCUCUUCAUAAGGUCCAUGGGCUAACUCCCAGUUCAGCCCAGUUCAGCCCAUCUCUUCAUAAGGUCCAUCGACUGACUCCCAGUUCAACUCAAUCUCUUCAUAAGGUCCAUGGGCUGACUGCACAGCUGGUCAACUCUAUACUGGACUGUGACUUUAAGGAGAUUUGACUCGGUUAGACGACCAAGAGAUGAGCUUUGUGCCUUGGUAUUUUAUUACUUUACAUUACUCCCUCAGUAAUGUCUCUGAAAGCUGGAAUACUGUCUUGUGACAAUAUGGAUGAGUUAAGAGUUAAUCGUUGUUAUUUUCCAUGGAAUCCAACCAGACUAAAUACAAAGGCAGUAUCCUUCUCGUUAUGAACCAGUCCCUCUUAAUGUGUGUGUGUUAACCAAUUAUGAGUUAUUUAUGACGGUUCUCUUUUGUGUUGAAUGCACUUUAUAUUUUUAUUGUUUUGUUCCAAGAAGAUGGCUGAGGAAUUGAGAACAUGUGUUAUGUUGUAUUUAUUUUGUUUUUCUAUCUUAAAAAAAACAAACUUCCAUAGCUGACCACAGUUCAUCAUGGGGACAUUUUGUUAGUCAAAAAACAACGGUAAACCGUUCAUGCUGUCAUAAACUACACUUUCAAACAUGUCACAGAAUAGCAAUGCUAAAAUGAGUAGCUAAUCACUGUGAGUGGUGAGUGAUGGUGGUCGUUUCCAACUUCCCAGCCCAAAACCUCUCUUUUAAUGUCAAGUCAAUCUACACUUCUCUCUCGGCUUCCACCACUUCAUACAGCCUACUACGCCUACUACCAUGAGAGGGCGCCAUUUAGUGAAAAAACUGAAUACUUGACCGUCUGAGUUGUUUUUUUCCAUGCAUUGGAAAGAACCAAUGCAAUAUUUCCCAAUGUAAUAUAUUGUGAAUUCUAUUAAAAAUAUUUUAAAUGCA